CAACUGAUCGGACCGUACGGUUGGUGCUCCUUCACUGCUGCUGCUUGCGCUUCUGGUUGCGUUCCGUUCUGAGUCUGGAAUCGUGCUGUGAAUCGUGUGUGCUGUGUAUCGUGUGUGCUAUUUUUGAUCCGCCAAUCGAUCUUCUGUGAUCUUCAUCCAUAAUUCAGGAGCUGCGCCCCUCUCAUCAGGCCAACAUAUCAAAAGUGAAGAAAAACGAAGGAUCUCAAUAACAAGGCAAUUAAAGGCGAAUAACAAGGAGCAGCUACGUAACAGAAUAGUCAUCGGAAUACUUUGGAGCAUUGGAUCUUGUGUUUGGAACACAGAAACUAACGUCAAGGCGCCACCAAAAAUCUACCUCACAAAACCAACCACUCCCCGCAACUCCUCGACUGAACAAUCAUGAUGCGUGGAUUCUCGUUGGCACGAUUGGCCCAACUGGCAGGAGGCAACAAUGGUGCAACGGUGGUUCGAGCGGUACGCCAGGAGCGAUACCUGAGCGUACGGAACGUGCGGAUGCUCAGCACCAAGCGGCAGCCCAAGUUCCUCGAAGAAACCAUCUUUCCGGCGGAAAAUGGUUUCGAACAGAACUCACUGUACGACAACAACAUACCCAUUCCGCACGAAACCCUCGACCAGUACCUGUGGGAUCAGUUCAGCAAGUGGACCAACAAAACGGCCGCGAUUUGCGGCAUCACCGGGCGCAGCUAUACGUAUGGAACGCUGCGCGAUCACUGUGCGGCGCUCGCCAUUCGACUGCAGCGGAAACUGAACCUCCAGUUCGGCAACACGCUUGCCGUGUGUCUUCCAAACAUUCCAGAGUUUCCGCUCGUCACACUGGGCGCCGUCGAGGCCGGCCUGGUGGUCACGACCAUCAAUCCUAUCUACACCGCAGAGGAAAUUUCGCGCCAACUGCUGGACAGUGACACAAAGUUCCUGGUGGGACUGGCCUCGAACAUUGCAGUAUUAAGGGAGGCGGUGCAGCUGGCUAAACUUGACAUCCCGAUCGCCUGCAUUCGUACGACCAACGACGAGAGUCUACCGGCUGGUACGAUCGACUUUUCGGAGUUGACCAAUCCGUCGGGCAUUCACUACAGCGAGCUACGCCAGCAUGACCGUACGCCCGAGGAUAUCGUCUUUCUGCCGUACUCAUCCGGUACGACGGGACUACCGAAGGGUGUCGAGUUGACGCACGUUAACAUCGUGUCGAACAGUGAGAUGCUAAGCGUGAAAGCUGGAAAUGGUACCGUGGUUCUGCCAACUACCGACACGUACCAGGAUGUGUUACCGUGCGUGUUGCCCUUCUUCCACAUCUACGGCCUAACGGUGACGAUGCUGUCGAAGUUGCGCGCCGGCUGCAAGCUGGUCACGCUACCCAAUUUCCGGCCCGAUACGUUCCUUAAUGCACUGGCCGAGCACAAGGGUAGUGUGCUGCAUCUCGUUCCGCCUAUCAUCAUCUUCCUUGGUCACCACGAUGGAGUGCAAGCGAAGCACACGGACUCGAUCCGGAACGUGUUCUCGGGUGCCGCUCCGAUGGGUACUCCGGAUGCGGAACGCUUCACCGCUCGCGCACCGAAGGUCGAAUUCAUUCAGGGAUAUGGCCUAACGGAGACGGCUCCGGUCGUGCUGAUGGGUGCACUGGGUGGUCGGAACUAUGCCUCGGUCGGUUCGCCCUGUCCACGCACUCAGGCCAAGAUCGUGGACCUGAAUGAUCCCACCAAUACGGCCCUCGGACCGAACCGUUCCGGUGAGCUGCUUGUCCGUGGUCCGCAAAUAAUGAAGGGCUACCAUAACAACCAAAAGGCCACCGAGGAAAUGAUCAUCGAAGGUGGCUGGUUGCGUACCGGUGACAUCGCACACUACGAUGACGAUCUGCAGUUCUACAUCACCGAUCGGCUGAAGGAGCUGAUCAAGGUGAAGGGUUUCCAGGUGCCACCGGCCGAACUGGAGGAGUUGCUGCGUGCCCACGACCAGGUAGCUGAUGCGGCCGUCGUCGGUGUACCGCAUCCGAUUUCGGGCGAAGUACCGCGUGCGUUCGUCGUACCAAAGGGUGGUGCACGGUUAAGCGAGGACACGCUCAAAGCGUUCAUCGCCGGCAAGGUCGCAUCCUACAAGCGGCUCGAAGGUGGUGUCACCUUCCUGGACAGUAUUCCCAAGAAUGCGUCGGGCAAAAUCCUGCGGCGGCAGCUGAAGGAGAAGUACUGCUCGUAAGCCAACAUCCGUACCGUGCUAAUAUCGAGAACCGGCGUUCGAACCCAUAAAUCUCAUAUCUCGUGGUUAGGUUAGCGGUAGAAAGUGGACUUACUCAGGACUAGCGAAGGGUCGAGAGGUGGGAGGGUUAUUGAUUUUCUUCGUUUCCUUUAGAGUAAGUAACCUGUCACAGACUGUUUAGAAGAGUAGCAAAUGGCACGUUCGUACACCACCUAGGGUAAAUCUGGCUGUACUCGUGUGUCUGUGUGUACGUGUAUGGUGGACGAUUUUAAGGCUUUCGAUGUUCCAGACUACCAAUAAGAUUUUUUUGUUUCCAUUCGUUGUCCGAUCGAAUGACCAUCAUGUUCAAAUCAUCCAUCGGGGGCGAUUGGGUUGUAAAACAAUUAAACAGAAAAAUGACCAACAACAUAUGAGUGGAUGCAGAACUUUACGUUUCAUAUGAAAUAAAUAUAAUUUUUAGUUGUU